CAUGUGCGGAAACUGAAUCAUCCAAUAAUCAAGUCUAAUUAAAAAAAUGUAAUCCCUUUAAAAAAUUAAACGCAGAGUCAAUAUUGCCCAAAGACUCAGCAGCUGUGACAAUAAAGCACAGAUUUUGUGUUGGACUAAAAGUGGUUUUGAUUUAAAUUAUUAUGUAGAACAAAUCUAGUUGAACAAAAAUCCACAAUUCCAUAUGAUGAAGUUCAAAUUCACUCCAAAAUAUGGGUUAGCCCAUCUUUUAAUCGGGUUUGGAAUUGGUAUUUUAUCGUCCCAUCUGUACAACACUUUAGGAUCUCAUAAUGCGGACAUAAUUGGACAGCAUAAUUUUGAUAUUGGUCCUGCUCCAAUAGUGCAUGCACAUGAAGUUCAAAUCACUCCAAAACGACUGCUUUGUUGGGUGUUAACCUCUCCGAGAACUCAUGAGCGACGAGCAAAAUACGUGAAGCAAACAUGGGGAAAGAGAUGUCACAUUCUUAUCUUCAUCAGCACAAAAUAUGACCCGACCCUGCCAACUGUGCCCCUGAACAUGACGGAAGGACGGAUAAACCUUUGGGGGAAAACGAGGGACGCUUUCACACACGUUUACAACCAUUAUCUAGAAAGUGCCGACUUUUUUCUGAAGGCGGAUGACGAUACGUACGUCAUUGUGGAAAACUUGCUGCACCUUCUGCAACCUUACGACCCGAAUGAGACGCUGUAUUUGGGAUGCGAGUUCAAAGGCUACAUGAGUGGUGGAGCAGGCUAUGUCUUAAGCAAAGCAACGGUGAAAUUAUUGGUGGAGAAAGGACUGUCAAAUCCUAAAAUCUGCAAGCAAGGAAAUGACGGCAUAGAGGAUGUCGAACUGGUUACAGGUGCUUGUCUAAGAAACCUCAAUGUCACAUUGGGCGACAGUCGGGACGAAUCAGGAAAACACCGUUUCUUUCCACUUCGCGUAAUUGACCAUAUCAAUCCUGGCAGAAUCACCAAGUUUCGCUAUGACUGGUUUUGGGAGUAUAUGAAAUUUCGACCUGAAGAUGGUCCCAAUGGCUGCUCAGCAUAUCCAAUUUCAUUCCAUUAUAUAGAAGGACAAGAACUGGUGGCGAUGGGUAUCAAUUCAAUAUAUACAAUGUUUAAUAUAUACGGGGCGAAUAGUAAUAAAUUGAUUUUAUUCCACUUGUUUAUGGCAGAUCAUCUAAUUUACAAAGUUCAGGUUUAUCCGGUCCAUAUUUAGAAUAGGAUUUUGGAGUAGUAGCCAAAAUUAACAUGUCAAGAAAGGAACGUAAUAAAUAUGGUUGACUUUGA